CACGAUGGGUUCAUGUCACUGGACCUCAUAUAUAACACAUCUCUGGAGAUUUUGCUUUCAUAUCAUUUGAAGAGCUUAAAGAUCAGACAAAAGUGCUGAUAAUACAUCUGUUGGUCACCAUAUAUCACUAUGGAUUACUCUACACAAACCCUGGCUCAGGGCUGCUUUGGGAAAAUAUAUAGGGAAAAGUAUAAGGAUUCAUGGGCUGCUAUGAAGAGAGUCCCUGUAGGUCUCAUCAGCGAAUAUGACCUGAAACGAGAAUGCAAAGUUUAUGAUAAAGCUCGGCAUCCAAAUGUGGUGAAGCUUCUUGGUAACCCUUGGAUUGAUAACUAUAAGUGGCACAUUCCUAUGGAAUUUAUCUGUGGAGAAGAUCUUGAGACAACCAUCUUCGAAGCACGAAAAUCCAAAAUACAGUUGACUCCAGCAGUGAAAGCCACGAUCAUCACUGGGAUGUGUGAAGGUUUGCAUCAUCUUCACAGUAAAGACAUCGUCCAUCAAGACCUCAAACCUGAUAACAUCAUGGUUGAGCAUCAAACCCAUCGUGCUGUGAUCAUUGACUUGGGGUUGGCAAAGUUCUUCAAAGACGGCCUCUGCUCUGCACAAAAUAUGGGCAAUGAAGCGUACUCAGCUCCAGAGAUCCUGCAGAGGCGUGGAGUUCGUGACAAGCGAUCAGAUGUUUGGGCCAUGGGUAAAAUCAUUGCUGAACUCUGUGACAGGAUCAGGUUACCGACUCAAUACGUGUCUGCCAGCAAAAUUCAGGAAAAGCUUAAAGAUCAACCAUACUGUACGGCAGUGUCGAGGAUGGUGGAGACCAAUCCAGAUUACAGAGCUCCUAUUGGUGCAGUUAUCUCAGACAUUAGGAGAGCUGCAGCUUCACAAACAGACAUCAAGCCAAGAGACGUCACUGUAGGACAGAGAAAUGAAAUGAGGGCAAAUCAAAGGCAAGGUCAGCAAGUAUCUGCUUUACCUAAGAUGGAUUUCAAGGCACCUCCUCUAAUAAAGCAUCACCAGACUCGACUUCAACCGAGAGAAAUGAGAAAGGCAGCAGACGUCCCACCUAAUGUAGCAGGCUUGAGCGAUGCAAUGUCCCUUAUGUCAUUUCCUUGCCCCCUUCCAGAGAAUGGAAUAGUGAUUCAGAAACGCUUCAAUGAAAGGAAUGAACAGAUACAACAUAAAGAGAUUGUCGUUGAGGGAGGGAAAGUCAUUAAAUAUGAAAAGAAAAUAUUAAAAUGACAGAAAAGCCCAGUUACAUUAUUGAUUUUUAGUAGCAGUUGUGUUAAAGGGUCGAAAAACAAAAGUUUUUUUAUGGCAAGAAAGUUAGUGACUAAGAGUUAUUUUCUCUGUUUGAAGGAAAAGAGCGCUAAGCAUUCAUUCUCUCAUUACAAAAAAAUAAAAAUAAAUCAUAUGUAUUCAGAUAAUUAUUUGAUCUUUUAUCUGAUACAUGAAUCAAUAACUUGCAAUAUGAUAACUGAGAAAUUCUUAGGGGAAACUAUCCUCCACAUUCAGAUGACUCUUUUAUUCCCUUUAUUCUCCACUAGAGGGAGUUUCUCUAGAAAAACAGUGAGUCAGGGUUUUACAAAACAGAAAGUAUAUGAGAGUUUGUUGGUACUGAGGAAAAAAUGCUGUUUAUCAAGUCCAUCAGGAAGAUGGACAAAGAUAAUUCCAAAGAAAGUUACAAAUCAUUUCUCUUUUCAUUCUGACUUUUACUGCAAGAAUGAAAAUGUCCUAACCUGUUUAAUAAACUGUUGUACUCCAAUAUUGGUAAUACUUUAUUAAUGUUUUAGUCUUUAGAUGUUAUUUGUUGUAUAAUGCAUUUUUUAAUAAUAAUAAUAAUGCAUUUUAUUUGUAAAGCGCUUUUAUUAAACCCACACUGUAAAACCUAACAGUUAACUUAACUCAAACCAUUUAAGUAAACCGAUUGCAUUAGACCAUUUAAGUUUUAAAACACAUCAAUUUAUGUACUGUGAACUUGAGUCAUGUGCAAUUAUGCACUUAUAUUUAAGUAGUUUUUUUUUUAUCAAACAUAUUCAACACUGUUUUUACAUUAGCCAGGGGAUGAAAGAGAAAAAAGAAUUCAAUAAAAACAUGGAAAUACUACCAUACAUUAAUACAUUUAGCAGCUUUCUUGUUUAUCAGAUUAUAAAUAGUAUUUAAAUAUUGCUUCACUUCUAAUAGAAAAAUACGAAAUAAAGGUUUAUAAUCUCCAUAUUUACAUUUAUGUAUAUUAAACUUUGCCAACAAAAGUAACAUAUUAAUCAAAUAAUAUUCCUUAUGUAAGGAGAUAUCAUAAGAGAAAAAAACAAAUAAAAUAUUUUCAAAACAAAGUUUAAAGUUGGGCAAAAUAUGAAGUCUAACAAAAGAGCACAAAUCUAACCAAAAUUUUUUUGAAUAAGGACAACUCCAAAACAAAUGAAAAAAUGUUUCUGUAUCUUUACCACAAAAAGUAAAAAACAUGUCAAUGUUACAUUUAAAUCUAUUUACAAGGAAAUAUUUACUUAUAAAUGAGUACUUAUAUUUAAGUAGUGUGAACUUAAAUAAAAGUGCAUAACUGCAUAUGACUCAAUUUGUUUAAGUUCACAGUACUCAAAUGUAUGUGUUUUAAAACUAAUGCAAUCGGUUUACUUAAAUGGUUUGAGUUGAGUUAACAAAUCAAAUGUGUCUUAAUUAACUUUUUAAAGUAUCCCAAAGUUUGUGCAUUUCUGAUAGUUGAAGGAAGCGCAUUCCAUAGCUUGGGGGCUUUAUAUGAAAGGCACUGAUCAUACAUGUUGCUAGAUGAUGUGAUCUUGCAGGAAUUCAUACUUUUACAAGUUGAAUGAGUUCAAAUGACUCAUUAAGUGACUCAUAAAAAAACAAAUGAUUAUUAGAAAAGACAUGAUCAAAUUCACACUUUUUGGACGAGUUGCUUUCUUUCUAUUGGUGUUGGGUUUAUAGAUGCGGUGUUAAUAGUCAUGUGCUUUUUCCAGUUCACUUCACAUAAAUUCAUUUGAAUUAGCCAACUUGUAAAGUAUGAAUUCCUGCAAGAUCACAGCAACAUGUAUGAUCAGCGCCGUGUCCUGAUUGGUGGAGACAGAUCUAACAAGAUCUGUAUGUCAUUACUUCCUCUGAAAGCAAUCUUGUGUAUUGUAAAUACAAAUAGUUUUAUUAAGUUAGUGUUAAAGGAACUGUAUUUGGUGUAAAUGCCCUAUUUGUUCUUUUGAUGGUUAGCUUGUAUUGCCCUCUUAAUCUGAUGCCUUGAUUUUGUUAAUAAUAUUGUAAAUAUCUUGAUUGUUUAGGAAGUUAAAGUACUGUCUUUUAAACUAGUUUUUUGACAUGGUCAACUCCUGAAGAUGAGUCCAUAAAUACAUUUAAUAAACACAUUACUGCUUCUGAGGUUUGCUGUUUUAGUUGUAUAGGUUGCAUAUGUUUACCAGAUAGGGCAUAGUCUCUUGAGGUCUCACCCUGAGAUGCUUUUAAAAUAGUAUUAAAGGAGUUUCCAUCAGUUCUACUC